AUGUUAACACGAAGAGCUGCAGCGAUACUAAGGACACGCCCACCAUCUCCGACCUCGUCGCCCAGCUCCGCCCCGCCAUCAUCGGCACCACCACCAGAUGCAGUGGUGUCACCGACGGUUGCAGGCGCGUCGAGCUCUAGCGACGAGUAUUUUUCCCCGCCCACGUCGCCACCACCUACACGUCGCCGGGGAAGACGUCGGCCACCGAGUGGCUUAGGACCACGAGGCCCACUGGCUUCGGGAGGAGUCCCAGCGCCCGGUGGUAAUGUGUCGCGCAUGAAAUGGACAAGAUCCAUUAAUGAAAAUGUCAUGCGCGCAUAUUUUAGGGCAACAGAGGGAGGAAGGAACCUGACAGCGUACCGUGUCAGAAUGCUUGCCUUGUUUCAGGAGCUCGAACCAACCAUCAACGUGUCGGCACAAAGACUGUUGGAUCAGGUGCGAGUCAUUCAGCGUAAUCGUAUGUUGGAUGAUAUUGUACUUGAUCGACUGCAAAGUGAAGAACUCAGGAGUCGUGUCAUCAUUCCGCUGCAACAAAAUAUAGAGGAACCAACACAAAUUGAACCUGUUGUUGCACCGAAUGAUGAUAGGACUACGGAGGUAAGUACUCACAAAUGCAGUGAAGAAUUGAGGAGGGCUUUGGAGGAUGCGAUUCGGGAAUACCGGUUUAUAUCGCCCUCUCUUAGACCGCGUUUACCUCGUCUGCCCAUGCAUAAAAAGAACAGGGCGCUAGUAUGUGCCCUGGACUCGGAGCUAUCAAAUUAUUUUGAUAGUUCUGAGGACCUUAUCGAUAGUCAUUCAAUUCUGUACUGUGGAGCAAUAGCAGCAUGCCGUGUAGCUAACGUUAAACUACUCGAAAGAGAAAACAACAGCACACGGCAGAAACCAGCUGUACCAGCUUGGCAGUGCAGGAUUGAACGACGUAUCGAUGAGGCUAGGACACUUAUUGCCAAAUUGAUCUGUUUCAGGGAGGGCAACACGCGUCCAAGAGUGAUGCGUUUUGUGAGGCGGGCGUUCCUGGGGAUGGAUAUAAACCCCCAGGACUAUGUCUCACAUAUUACGGAGCGUCUUGACUUCCUGAAACAGAGAAUUUAUGCAUGGGCAAACCGUAUUCGUCGGUAUAAGAAGCGAGUGGAACGGUAUACACAGAAUCGCACAUUCCAAAGGGAUCAAAGGUGGGUGUAUAGAAAUUGGGAGCUAAAAGAACAGACUAGGACUGACACGUGCCUACCAGAUGCUGAUGUUACGACGUCGUUUGGCGUAGCAUUUGGUCGGCACCUGUUUGUCACACUGAAGGGGAUUGGAUUGAGAAGGUUAGGCGAAAAUGUGAACUGGUACCAGAAAUGGAACAAAUCUCCAUAA